UAAACACUUGCCGGUAGAAAAAGCAGGUUGGUGGAGCGAAGAAAGUCGGUUCUGUGCGUGUAUUAGGCCUAUCAUUUUGAAACAUGGAAAGUGACAGAAAAAUAAAGUUAGCAGAACUGCGCCAAAAGAGAUUAGCAUAUUAUAAUAACCAGGCACAUCACAAAAAUAUAGCAAAAUGGAUGAGAGAUGUAGAAAUUGAAACAUCAGAGAAAAAUAGAUGUACCAAUGAAAAAUUGGCCUUUGAAGCAGUACAUGAUUCUGAUAUCAAACAUUCCAAUAGAGAGAUAAGCGUAUCACAUUCCCCACCAAUUGGUGCAAGCCAAAGUGCUGAUGAGGAAAGUCAGAGAGAGCCAGCGAAUCAAUCAUUGAACCAACAGGAACUCAUAAAUAGAUACUUCGAAGAACCAGAUCGGACUCCAAGGAGAAAAACUAUUUCUACGUUAGGAGACAAUGAAUCAUAUGAUGAUGAAAAUUGGUUUGAGCACUUGAAUAAUGUGGAUUCGGGUCAUGGUGUCACAAAUAGUGCAGGCAGCAAUAGUUCAAAAGAACAUCUUAUUGAUAAACCAUUUUCGCAAUUAAGGAGUUAUAAGCCAUUUAAUGAUGUAUAUUCAGAGCAUCAAGAACAUAAUGUUAAACAAGAUAACAUACAGUCUAGAGGGAGUAUUGAUGAUUGUAAUAGAUCAUCACAUGGAACAGCCCCAUCACGUAAGCACAAAAAGCGGAAUAAGGUUAAAAAAUCCCGAAGAAAUGAGAAAUACCAGAGUGAAAAGGGUACACAAAAUGUUGAAAGGAAACCAUUAUCACCUAGUUUACCUACAAACUUUUUUGAUCUCGAUUCUUUACAGAAUGCAGCUCGCAAUGGGGAUGAUGUUCUGAGAAAAUAUAUUCAAGAGCUCAGUACAAAAAUGGUCAAUUCCCAAACAGAAACAAACCACAUAUCUGAAAGUAACUAUGAUUUUCCUGCAAAUGAAUGUAAUCUGAAGCAAGCCUCUUAUCCAACCACCUUGUUCGCUCUUAGUCACGAUCCAAGUCCUACGAAUGAAGAUUCUUUUUUUCAACAUGAAAGAAAAGCACAUAAUUAUGUCCACACCCGACACAAUUAUACCACAAAAUCACAAGAUUUUAAUUUUCAUUAUAAUGAUCAUGAAAACAUACACAAUAUGCCAUUAGAAUAUACUAAAGAAGAGGUGGACAUGGACUAUUCAAGGGUUAGUUCAGAAUUUGAUGACCAAAAGUCAAAAUAUGUGCCAAAGAUUUGUAAACCAGCAAUACUAUCAUCUCAGCUUCAGAAAUUAGGUUUGUGUGAUGACAUCCAAAGCGAUCUCUCUUUGCAUUACAGCCAGGAAAAGGAUGAGGAUCUUUAUCAGUUUCUAGAUUAUAGAGAUCAUGGUGAAAAUGAUUUUGAUCUUCUGACUCAUCGACCCAGUAACCGACCAAUUUCUCCUCUUAUCCAGCCUACAUCAUAUAGUGAAAUUUAUGAAGUUGAAUGUGAAUUAACUCCAAAACCACCACAAUAUGAUGAGCUUCACCUCAUUACACACAGACCAAAAGAUACCACUGAGAGAAGGAAUUUUGAAAGAGUUGAGGACUUUUACAGGAAUGAAAAAUCAUCUAGAUCUAAACUGCUAGAUUUUUCUAUUGAUGGUAAUCCUACCAAUAAUGCAAAGGAAUGGUUCAAUGAUUAUGAUAGCACCAUUAGAUCCACUUCACCUGAGCAACAUAUGCUGGCUGUUAGGAAGUAUCAUAACAUUGAAAAACAUCGCCGUAAGUCUAGAAAUCAAAUAAAUGGUGAUUCUAUCAGGAGUCGCUCUACACCUUUCAAGCAUGAAGAAAUAGAUAGCAGACACAUGAGAAGUCAGGAGACAAACUCCAAAAAAAGCAGUGUUUGGCACUCUGAUAAAAAAGAUGAUAUUUUUACGAGGAAUGAAAGUGAAGGAGAUGUUGAGUUGUUAAUAUGCGAUGAUCACGCUAAACCAGUGACAGACAUUGCAGAUCACACAUUGACACCCGCACUGAAUAUGACACAAACACUAUCAAUGCCAGAACAUGAAAUUAAAUUGAAUGAAAUAGACAGCGAACCUGUUUUGGAGAUGUUCGAUAGGAAACAAGAUUACACAUCUCAUGACGCAAACCAAAAUGAGAGCGACUCUAAACAGCGUUUCGAUUCCUCAAAUACUAAUUACCAGAGACAUACUUUUGAUUUCUAUGAUAAACAAUUAAUUCCUAUUCCUCCAAGUAGAAGUCCUGAACCUAAGAUUUCAACCAAUUUGCAUCACCUGAGAUCUUCUCACGUUCUAACCCCUGAUGAAAAUCCUGAUAUAGAAAUUAAAGAAGUUUUACUAGAUGCCAACAAAUUUUCUGAAGACUCUAUUCUGAACCUUUCAAGUAACCCUGAUCAUGAAGCGAUGAAGCCGUUAAGCUUGAAAUUAGAUCUAUCCUUUAAUACUGAAGAUGAUAGUAUUGAAUACUAUCGUGUCAAAACUCCACUAUUGGAGAAUAUCUUAGAAAAUACAAACAAUAUGGAGUGUAAUCCUGAAGUGAUUGAUAACAAAAAUUUUAGGUCAAGUUCUCCAGCAAAUUCAAAAAAGAAAGGUGUCAGUAGAUUACUUGAUAGAGGGUCAACACAUAAACCAAGAUGGCUGACAUCCUCUAGUUUGUCCAGUUCAGUAUUGACCUCAAAAAAGUUUACUAACACUUUUAAAGAUAGUAAAAGAAGCAUCACAGGAGGUUGCUUGAGCUUAAGUAGAAAAGAUGUCAGCGUCUCCAAAGAGCUAUCAAGAAGUCAGGGCAUGCUUCAAGAUAGAAGUUCUUCGGGUGAGAAAUGGCAAAGAUCACCGCAGAAGAAAGUUGCCAAGGAGAGCUUCUUUACUGUCAGACCCGCUAAGACAGCAGAAAGCAAUGGUACAAACAUUCAACAGAAGUGUGCCCUUCCCCUUACUUUGCAACUUUUAUCUGAUAGUCCAAGAGGGGGUGAAGGCUUGUCGCUUUGGCAACUGUUACCCGAUGAACUACUGUUUCACAUUUUCUCCUACUUGUCUCCUUCGAGUCUGGCUGUGACUGCACAAGUCUGUCAAACUUUUCACCGGAUUGCAAAUGACGAACUCCUUUGGAAAAGCAUCAUGUUACAGAAGAAAGAUUUAACUGAUGACUGGUUAAUGCAAAUUGGCAAAAAGCACCCAACAACCAUUUCCUUUCUCCAGUGCAAUGGCAUGAAAGUGUCAGAAGGGGGUCUGCGAACGAUGUUUAGAGCUUGUUCAAAAUCACUGAAGGAGCUGAAUGUAAGUGGUUCAACUGGAGGGGAUUUGAUUGGUGACUCGAUACUCCUUCAUGCAUCUCGCUGCCGAGGACUCACAAGCCUGGACGUUAGCUGGUGCAGUGUCACAAAUAAUGGCCUCAUUUCUAUCGCUGAAAGUAUUCAAAUGUUGGGGAUGCUGUGCCUGAAUGGUUGCCAAGCUGUAACAGAUGAUUCUAUUAACAUGAUUUUAAAAAAGCACUGCAAAAGUCUUCGUGUUCUAGAAGUUUUUGGUUGCUUCAACAUUUCACCUGCAGUAAUUUCACAAAUUGGCAAAGUCUGUAAAAAUCUCCAAGCUUUGAAUGUUGGGCAAUGUUACAAGAUGACAGAUGACCAUAUGUUAACUAUGGUUUCCCAUCUGGAACACGUUCAACACUUGGAUAUGAGAGGAUGCAAACAGAUACAUGAUACAACUGUACGUAAAAUAGUUAGAUGUUGUAAGAAACUGAAGAGUGUCUCAUUGGCAAACUGCGGUCAUUUGACAGAUGCAUCUUUAGUGGAGUUUGCAACAUACCUUCCAACAAUCGGAAUACUUGACGUAUCAGGCUGCAAAAAGAUAACUAAUCACGGAGUAUACACAUUAGCCAAAAGUUGCUAUCAGCUUUCUUCCCUGGACCUCAGUUCAACAUCAGUCAACUAUAAAAGCGUUUCAUCUUUGGCAAGUUAUUGUGGGAAGAGCCUACAAAUUUUAAAACUCAAUUUUUGCCAAGAUAUAACAGAGAAAAGUGUUCUGAAAUUACUUCAUCAUUGCAAAAGGUUGGAAAUGCUGCAGCUGUAUGGUGUGAAAGGUUUACGUAAUUUAUCUUCAAUCAAGAGUCAGUUUCCAUGUUUAAAAUUGGACUAAAAAUAAUUUAUUCUGAAGAACAAAUUUUAUCAUCAAUGUAAAUACAGUAUAUGCUGGUGUGUAGCAAAAGGCCAAUUGUGUCAGCAGGUCGGGUUGUAAUGGUUUGGCACAGCGGGAACAGUUUGGUUUCCCAACCUCGACGUCGGGCUUUCAAUUCCUCGCUAUGUAUUCGCUUGUGUCUUUGAGCAAGUCACUUUAUCGGCAUUGCUUCUCUCCAUUCAGGAUUAUAAGUGGGAAACCUGAAGAGAUUCGAGUGCAAAAAUGCGCUGAUAUAUUUCAUGCCGCAAACUAUGGAAUUUCCCCCAUAGGCAUCGUUCCAAUGACUAAUAAUGUGGGAAAGCGCUCAGAGACUUAGUUGUAUAGAGCGCUAUAUAAAAGCCUAUAUAUUAUUAUUAUUAUUAUUAUUAUUAAAAUGACAUGGCCUUUGGUGUCAACUGUAUGGAGUGACAGAAUACCAUAAAACUAUGCCUGGACAAACAAGCAGUGUGGGACAGUAAAUACAUUCUAUCAAAAUAUGAAUCACACAGCACAGACCUACUACAAAUAUUAAAUAAUGUACAGUAUACAUUUUCUUAAUAUAUUUUUGUAAAUAAAAAAAAAUCAGUACUAUUGAGAUUUAUAAUGUGCAAUGCAUUCCUAAUUAAGACUACUAUAAGUAGAUCACAUUUAAUAUUAUAUAUGAUGAUGAAUACAUGUCAGUAAUGCAAAAUGUAGCAUACAUACUUUUAUUUUUAAAAAAAGCCCUGUAGAAAAUAAUGUAACAUUGAUGUAUUGAAAACUUUAAAAGUAUGACAAUAGCGCUGUGUCGUGUAAACAUUUUUUAAUUUAAAAUGGUAUAAGUAUUUAUUAUUAUAAAACACAAAAUCAUGAUGUCGAAUGUGUUCUUGAUUGACUUAAGUGGGUUCAAUACACAUUAAGACUGAUUCACUUUGUUAUUCAUUUACGGUAAAAAGUAAAAAAAUUAUAAAACUAAUUAAAAACAAAAUCAUAUGAUGCUUUAUUUCAGCACUAAUGACAUUAGCAUGAUGGUCAACUUCUAGUAAUAGUAUGAUUUUUCUUUUUCAUAGCAGUAUAUGUGGCUUGAAUGGCCAACCCUAGGCUACUAAAAAUAACUACUCCUAGCCCUAGGCCAAAGCCUUCUUAAUUAACAUAGUCCAGACUGCCCCCUAGGCCCUAUGUAAAGAAGCUUUCUAAUCCAUGCAAAUUAUUUUAUUGUUUAUUGAAUUCUUCAUUUACAUUUUAUAUGGCUAUUUUCAAUCAUAUGCAGUAUGAUAACUAAUUAUAUAUCAUUAUAUGAUAUAUAAUAAUAAUUAUUAUAUAUCAUAUAUUUAUGAUAUAUAAUUAGUUAUAUCAUAUAUAGUACAAGGUAGAAGUCAUAAUGUGCGAAAGUAAACACAUACCACCUGUUACACAGACUUUGUUGUAUAAUAGAAUUUUCAGCCAAUCACAGAGGACUCAUUUUCAUUAUGUAACGUAUGGAAGGCCCCAGUGGCCUAAUUACUUAAGGGUAUACUCUUGCUUUAAUAUUUAUUUUUUUAAAUUUUGUAUGAUAGCGCAAUGUGGGCGAGGUUUAUACUUCUGGUGGUGCCAAAGUUUGUUUAUUAAGACAGCAUAGCACCAAAAUCUUUGCUUAAUGUAAACUAUUAUGAAAUUUGUUAUUUUUUUUUUUUUUUGUUUUUUUUUUUGUGUAUUUGGCAGCCAUAUUGUGGCCAUUGGAUUUUCACAACGGCAAGAGGCUGAACUCGAAUGUUGGUGGUGGCAAAUGUGUUUUGACUUCUGAAACCAUAGUAUAGACACAAAUAUUGUUCUAUGUAAAAUAUUACAUUGAUAUAAGUGACAGAUCCAAUGACGUGUAUUAGCAUUGAUUCUAAGUUGUAGUACUGCAUCUAAUGAUCAUUCUGACAGUCACGAGUUCGAAUCCUUAAUUGCAUAAUAUGUUUUUCUUAAGAGAAUAUAUUUAAUGGUAGAAUCAAUUGCCUUUAGAUUUACUAUUUAGUUAAUUAUGUUUUACUCGUAGGUGAUAUGUCAUCAAUUUAUGUUCUGAAUGUUAUAUUUUUAUGAAAGAAGGGCUUGAUUGUUUACUUGGUGUUCAUGCUUUACUUCAUUUAAUUUAUAGCAAUAAUAUUUAAUUAUAACUUUCUGUGUAAUUAUUUAUUCAAACAACUUAUUUUCUGUUUAAUUUUUGUAAUAGUUAAAUUAAAGCAAACAUUUAAACAAAUUUUAAUCAAAGCUUUUAAAUUAUGGAAUUAAGAUUUUCUUAAGGUUAAUAUUUUUGUGUAUAAAUAUAUUUUGGUAAUAUAGUUUAAUGUAUAUUUUUAAUUAAAACGGUACCUUUCAUUUGUGAUUAUGCAUUGCUAGUGAAAGAAAUAAAUUAAAUUAAAA